AUGUUUGAAGCUUCAGCAAUGGCUUCAGAGAGCUCCCAUGUGCAGGAGAGCUCUUCAGGAUCAUGCACCGAGUCAGGAGAGGAUUUUGCUCCAUCAAAACUCGGAACAAAAGAAUACUGGGAUAAUGCUUACAGCCGGGAGCUCCAGACUUACAGAGACAUUGGAGAUGUUGGAGAAAUAUGGUUUGGGGAGGAGAGUAUGAACCGUGUCAUCCGGUGGAUGGAGAAACAGAAUACAGCUGAAAAUGCUGCCAUACUGGACAUCGGCACAGGAAACGGUGUAUUCCUUGUAGAACUGGCCAAGCAUGGUUUUAAGAAUCUUACUGGAAUAGAUUAUUCCAGUGCCUCAGUAGAACUCGCAACAAAUGUCCUGGCAGAAGAGGGCUUAACAAACAUUAAAGUUCAGGAGCAGGAUUUUCUGAACCCCAGCCCAGAUCUGAAAGGGUUUGACUUGUGUAUAGACAAGGGCACUUUUGAUGCCAUUAGCUUGAACCCUGAAGGCCGAGAAAUGGCAAAACUCCAGUACAUGUCCUCACUGAGAGCAGCUCUAAAGCCACAGGGACAUUUCUUCAUCACCUCCUGUAACUGGACCAAAGAGCAGCUGCUGCAGAUCUUCAGCCCAGGUUUCGAGUUGCUACAAGAGCUGCCUACCCCACGUUUCCAGUUUGGAGGUGUGACCGGGAACAGCGUCACAGCUUUGGUCUUCAAAAGACUCUGAUGUUGAACUUCGUUUUAAUGUGGCUUUGGAAGUCAUUUGUAAAUUUGUAAAUGCCCCACUGUCUUUCCUUCCAUUUCUUCCACACAUGCAUAAAAAUAAAAAAAUUACUUUAAAUACCCUGGGUAUGUACUCGUUUUGUUUUAUGGCCACUCUCCAGGAGAACAAAUCCAUAAUCCAAGUAUUUGAAGUGUGUUAUUUUGCUGAUAUUAGACUUUAUUUUUCUGAUAUUUUGUUUUAUUGACAUUCUUUUGCUUAAUAAAUAUAAGCAUAGAUCAUUAUACAGGGUGUCCCAAAGUCUGCAUACAUAGGGGAAAUUAACACCUUUUAGCAAAAUGUAACUUUAUUUACAAAAUAAACAAAGUAAAAUAACAUCCUCUACAUGAUUGCCAUUUCUUUGUAAGCACACACAGAGUCGUCUCCCACUCAUGAUGAACUCGAGUUAACACACCGGUGUUAUGCAUGUAAUUGCAUGUCUAUAACGACCUUGCGACAGCUUCUCGAUCCAGCCAUGAGAAUGAUUU